AUGAAAUUAAUCACCAUCCUUUUUCUUUGCUCCAGGCUGCUACCAAGUUUAACCCAGGAUUCCUCGCAAGAAAUCGACUGCAACGACCCGGAUGUAUUUCAAGCUGUGGACACUGCUCUGAAGAAAUAUAACAGUGGAAACAAAAGUGGCAACCAAUUUGUAUUGUACCGCGUAACUGAGGUCAUCAGGACGGAUGAUCCUGACACGUUUUAUUCCUUCAAGUACCAAAUCAAGGAGGGCAACUGUCCUGUUCAAAGUGACAAAACCUGGCAGGAUUGUGACUACAAUGACUCUGCACAAGCUGCUACAGGGGAAUGCACAGCGACGGUGGCAAAGAGGGGGAAUAUGAAGUUCUCCGUGGCUACCCAGACCUGCCAGAUUACUCCAGCCGAGGGCCCCCUGGUGACAGCCCAGUACGACUGCCUUGGCUGCCUGCACCCCAUAUCAACCGAAAGCCCCGACUUGGAACCUGUACUGAGACAUGCCAUUCAACACUUUAACAACAACACUGAUCACUCCCACCUCUUUGAUCUUAAAGAAGUAAAAAAGGCCCAAAGACAGGUGGUGGCUGGAUGGAACUAUGAAAUUACUUACUCAAUUGUGCAGACUAAUUGUUCCAAGGAGAAUUUUCUAUUCUUAACUCCAGACUGCAAGUCCCUUUCAAAUGGUAAUAUCGGUGAAUGUACAGAUAAAGCAUACGUGGAUAUCCAGCUAAGAAUUGCUUCCUUCUCGCAGAAAUGUGACCUUUAUCCAGGGGAGGAUUUUGUACAACCACCCACCAGGAUUUGCGCUGGCUGUCCCAUAUCUAUACCUGUCAACAGCCCAGAGCUGGAGGAGCCUCUGGAACAUUCCAUCGCAAAGCUUAAUGUAGAGAAUAAUGGAACCUUCUAUUUCAAGAUUGACACUGUGGAAAAAGCAACAGUGCAGGUGGUAGCUGGAAAAAAAUAUUCUAUUGUGUUCACGGCCAGGGAAACCACAUGUUCUAAGGAAAGUAAUGAAGAGUUGACGAAAAGUUGUGAGAUCAAUAAACAUAGUCUAAUUCUAAACUGUAAAGCUGAUGUUUACGUGGUACCUUGGGAGAAAAAAAUUUACCCUACUGUCAACUGUCAAUCACUUGGACAGACCACACUGAUGAAAAGGCCUCCAGGUUUUUCACCUUUCCGAUCAGUACCAGUGGAGAAAACUAAAGAAGGAACAAUCGUAAGUCCACCCCACACUUUCCUGGCACCUGUACAAGAUGAAGAGCGGGAUUCAGGAAAAGAACAAGGACCCACUCAUAGGCAUGGCUGGGGCCAUGGAAAGCAAAUAAAACAUGGCCUUGGCCAUGGCCAUAAACAUGAGCAUGACCAAGGCCAUGGACACCAAAAGGGUCAUGAUCUUGGCCAUAGGCACCAAAGGGGUCAUGGACAUCAAGGGGGACAUGGCCUAGCCCAUGGACAUAAGCAUGGCCAUGGCCACGGAAAACAUAAAAAUAGAGGAAAAAACAAUGGAAAGCACGAUGGUUGGAGAACAGAGUAUUUGGCAAAUUUUUAUGAAGAUAGUACUACCUCUUCUUCACAGGUACAAAAGAAGAUAGAAGGGCCAACACCCUUCCCUUCCCUAGCCCAGCCAAGUGUAGCCAAUACCUUUCCUAACUUACAGGACUCAGAUCUCGUUGCAACUGUGAUGCCUAAUAUACUACCACCUCCCACAGAGAGUGAUGAUGAUUGGAUCCCUGACAUCCAGAUAGAGCCAAAUAGCCUUGCAUUUAAACUGAUUCCAGAUUUUCCAGAAACAACUUCCCCCAAAUGUCCUGGACGCCCCUGGAAGCCAGUUAAUGGAGUGAAUCCAACUGUAGAAAUGAAAGAAUUUCAUGAUUUAAGUCUCUCUGAUGCUCUUUAUUAA